AUGUCUGGAGCUAGCAGCAGCGACCAGCAGGAGCUCGUGCUCGCAACCACUUUUCUCCACUCGGGUGGCAACGGCAAGACCUGGGAAGACGACAACAGGACGAUUCUUGACAACAAUGAAGAGACUGAACGUCUUUUCGGCGAGCGCCUAGCUAAAGACCUGAACCAAGUCGGCGUCUUUACUACCGUGCAGUCACUCGGAGAUGAAUAUAGCGCUUGCAAAGGCCUCCGCGAAGGCAACACCAGACAUGGCGACGUUCGAAUUUAUGGUACAAGCAAGGGUAGAGGAUACUACGACGCCCGGUUCGGUUCGAAAGGGUUCUACCCCCACUGGCUCUGGACGAUGUGCGGCGGGAAGUGCUUCUGUUUUCUGUGUGCGGGCAAGAGACUUGGUAGUGAGGGAGAGUAUGCGCCUUUGAUUCAGGAGAUGUUGAAGAGUUUGCCGCCGAUCAGGCUUGUGACAGCGGCGGCAGAAAACACUCAACCUGAUACAGACGUUGCAGCGACUACCGCGUCUCUACCACCUUCACAGGGCGAGCCAGCGGCCAUCCAGUCUGGAGCACGCCUCGAUUCUAUAGUCAAUCUCACGGAGGAGAACGACGACGCGCCAGACGCCCUGCGCUACGCACCCGAUACUGUAGUCCCUGCAACAGCAGAGGGCGCCAUCUCAACAGCACCACCGCAAGUCCUUUCGAAGCGCAGGCGCGACAAUUCGGACGACCAAGACCAGAGCGAGGGCGAAGGACGGAGCGGCUGGAAGAUUGGGAAGAAAAAUACUCCAGGCUUCAUGAUGGAGGAGGAUGACUUUGCGGAGGAUGAGACGUUAGAGGAUUGGCUAAGCGAUCCCUAUCGAUCUCUGAUGGACCCCAUCGAAGCACUAUGGUACGGCGACGAAGGUCCAGAAUUGUAG